AUGAUUCCUGAUGACCCCACGUCGUUACCACAACCACCCGUCUCGCCUGAGACUUCCGAGGGUGUGCCUGUGAAGAGCCGGCCUCCUACCAGCAGCCCUUUGAGGCCCUAUGCUUCUCUCAACGCUGAACGUUUGAAGAUUACGGGCUUGGGGCACUGGGAUCCGGUCCUUUACCUUGAAGGAGAGCCCGAUCUUGCCAUGGCCUGUUUGGAGCCCGAUGUGCUUCUUUACGGGGGAUCUCCUCCUCUUUUUGAGGUCCCUUCCCUUGCCCGGGAGGAUCCCGCUGAAAUCGCCGCCCUGGCUCGGAAGUGGGAUCGGAACGGCCUGUUGUAUCUUAAGGACUCCUACGAUGACCAAGUCACCCCUCGUGAUGCCUUGAGGGUCUUCAAUUGCUACAAGAAUGAAAGCUGUGACAGGCAGAUCGGGGAUAGGCGAGCCCGGAAUUUUCGUGAGCGGGCUUUGCGUGGCCCUAGCGUUGGUCUCCCUUGCGGUCCCGCCCUUCUUGGGCUGUGCAUCGACCCAAAGGUCUCAACUUUCAGGAUCUGCGUGACCGACCGCAAAGACUUCUAUCAUCAGCUUCUGGCCAGGCCCAGGAAAGCAGCCCACAACGCCCUCUUCCCACCGAUCCCCGAGUCCAAGCUGGCAGGUACCACUGCCCUGGCCCAGCUCCACAAAAGGCGAGCUGAGGCAGCAGCUCUUAGAGGCAAGCCAGGGGACCGAGGCUUUGGUUUGUUGGUCUCAGACAGACCUGUCAUUGCAUGCUUCCAGGCAACAUGUCAGGGGGACCACCUUGGCGUCGAGAUCGCCACGGCGGCUCACCGGUGUCUGUUGAAACAACACGGGUUGCUUAAAGACCACCAGGAGAUUCGCUCCAACGAGCCCUUCCCCUGUGGGGGUACUUUCGAGGGAUUGGUGAUAGAUGAUUACUACAGCAUUUCAACCGAGGACGUGAGGCUUCCCCCCUCGGAGGCUACUUCUGUUGAUUGCCUGCGCGCUGCGACUUCCGCUUAUGCAGGGUCCUCCCUGCUCGGCUCUACCGAGAAGGACAUUGUCGGGGCCGACAAGGCCAAGGUUGCCGGUGCAGAGAUCGAUUCGACCCCGUCCACUCGGUCUCUAGGUGUCGUCCCCGCGGGGGCCCCGUGCGCAAAACGUCUGUCGCUGGCCUCUUUGACUUUGUCUUUGGCCGCUUUGCCGAAGACCACGGAUGCUUUGCACUCCUGCCUUCUGGGCGGCUGGGUUUCAGCCCUUCUCUAUCGACGGCCCCUUAUGUCGAUCUUCAGCCACUCUUUUCGGCUAUUCCCUGCCGGUCUGAUGGACCCCGACAACCCCAAGGUCAUCCCUCUUCCCAGGCCCGUCGCUGAUGAACUUGCUGUGUGUGCUGCCUUGGCCCCUUUGGCUGUGGCUGACCUCGCGGCUCCUUGGGAUCCACAGGUGUACGCGACCGACAGCAGCGACGACCGGGCUGCUAUUGUGUCGGCUAAAGCCCCAGACUCCCUUACUCCUCUCCUCUGGCGGAGUUCUGAUAGGAAGGGGGCCGCCGCCAAGCUUCUUUCCAGAGCCCAGGCCCUGUUGCUUAAGGCUGACCCCUCCUUUGAGGAGUUUGAUGGGGGUGUCAAUGCAAAGGGGCCCCUCGCCCUUGACUCGGCUCUUUGGGCCGAAGCCCCUGUGACAUCGUGCCCGAGGCCUGUGGGUUUCCGCUUUCAUUUCCUUCAAGUCGGGGGCACUAGCCGGUACAUCCAGGAUGCCUUGGCCGCUAGGGGUUGGAUUGUGGGCCCACUCCUCGACCCGGCUUUUUCUCCUCAUUAUGACUUGUGUGACGAUGUGUUCUUUAGGUGGCUCAGCCACCUGCUGGAGGCCGGGAAGCUCGACUCCAUCCUCCUGUCUGCUCCUGUGCCAACUUUUUCUUCGGUCCUUGCCUCCGUCUUCUCUAGGGGCCUUUCCAAGCUUACCGAAGACCGUGCCGACUAUGACCUUGAGAUCUACGGGCUCGAGUCGGCUUUGGUUAACGACUUGGCCUUAACUUUGGAUUGGAAGGUCGAGGCGGUGUGGACCUGGGCUAGGCAGAAACACAUCAACUGCCAUGAGACUGGGGCCUUCAAACGUCUGUGCUUCAUGAAGGCUCAUCGGAGUAUCCCCUCCCGCUUCGCCUCGAUGAUUGACUCAAACGUGGCUCGGUGUGCCAUCAGCAAGGGACGAUCUCCUUCCAGUGCCCUGUCCCUCGAGCUCCGUCAGAUUGGGGCUGUGAGCGUGGCCUAUGGGCUUUUCGGGGCCCUUCCUUUCUGCCCUACUCGUUUGAUGCCUGCGGACGCCCCCUCGAGAGAAGCCCCCUUAGCUCAGCCGGUGCCAGGAGCACCUCUGCAUGCCUCUGUUCCUGUUGAGACUCUCGCUGCUUUGCCUCGCCUCCGCCGUUGGACUUCCAACUGGGUUCGGCUUGUACUUCGGACUUGUGCCUGGCAGCCUCCCUUGCCUGCGGAUCGUUAUUCGGGCCUCCCGGCUCUCUUGUAUCGACCGCCCCCGGUGGAUUUCGAUUCCUCCUUGGGCUUCCCGGGCGAAGGAACGCUGGAGAUGUGUCACGACAGGACUUCAGAAGCCUUAGGCCCCUUCCUGAAGGACGAGGCCGUGACUGAACAAGCUUUUGCCAGAAGUUGCUCUGAGGAUGUUGAUCUGACCAAUGCUUUGUUGGCACGUUAUGGUCGUGCUCUCUACGAGAGCGGACGGCCAUACAACCACUACGCUGAAACGGUCAACGCGGUGGCGAGUCGUUUCCCAAAGAUUCGUCGCCUCCUGCAGCCUGCUUGGGAUGUGGCCUUCCAGUGGCAGCGAAUGGAGCCCCACAUCCACCACCAGGCCAUGCCAUGGCAAGUGCUUCUUGCCCUUGUCACAUCAGCCCUCCUUUGGGGAUGGGUUGAUGUUGCAGGGGUCUUGGCUCUGGCCUGGGGUGGUUUGGCCAGGAUUGGAGAAGUUUUUGCCGCUUUCAGGUGUGACCUCGUUCUGCCCAGCGACGUUCAGUUUACAGUCGACUACAUCCUUAUGGCCGUGCGGGACCCCAAAACGAGGAAUUCUGCUGCCCGCCAUCAGGCUUUACGACUGGACCAGCCUCAACUUAUGAGGGUGGUUGAGCUGGCGUUUAAGACGAGGCACCGACAGCAAAAACUCUGGCAAUACGCCCCCGCCACGUUCCGCUCCCGCUUUGCAAAACUUGUCGAGGCUUUUGACCUGAACAGCUUCAAGGACAAUAACAUGAGGCCCCUGGACCUUGGAUCCAUGAGAGCUGGAGGAGCCACUUGGUUGCUCCACGCCACCGAAAACGGCGAGUUCGUUCGACGCAGAGGUCGUUGGCUCAAUGCCCGGAUCAUGGAAAUCUAUAUCCAGGAGGUUUCGUCUGUUUUGUUCCUCUCGAAGCUCCAGGACCAUGUGGCUGACAAAGUUUUAGCGGUGAUGCGGCUUUUUCCCAGCAUGCUGGAACAGGCGGAAGUUUUUAUGCAAUUUGGUUUUCCACCUACAACAUGGUUUUCGUUGACUGCCGUUGGAAGGGCUUUUGGCCCGGUUUGA